CGGCCAUCAUGUUUCCCCUUCGUCCUCGAUCCAGUUCCAUGACGGUGAUCUUCUUCAUUAUCUUAAUAUGGCUUUCCGCUCUAAUUGUUGGCCUACCUGGUCUAAUAUUCGGCGAUUUGACAUUAGAUGGCCGAAACAUCAGUGAUGCGAUAUCCAAUGAAACAUUGACAGGAAACCCCAUUGCAAUGACCGUUAUGGUAACCAGUGAAAAAGACCGUUUCAAGCGACAGUGUUAUUUCAACUGGCAAGAGAGAUUUUCCGCAAUAUACGAUUACGCGUUAUUUUUUCUAAUGUACGUGCUGCCUCUCAUCAUACUGGCUGCGACUUAUGUGCCAAUUUCCAUACGUCUUUGGUUCCAUGGAGAAAUCGGUGAGGUUACCCGGGCACAAGCGGAGAGUGUUCGCUCAAAAAGGCGGGCUGUCAGAAUGAUGUGCAUGGUGAUGCUCAUUUUUGCCGUCUGCUGGCUUCCGUAUCAAUUGUUCUUCAUUGUACUUCGAAUUCAACCGCGGUACUACCAAUACGCCCACUUAAAAUUUAUUUUCAUUUUCUGUUACUGGUUGGCAAUGAGCAAUGCGGUGUACAACCCUAUUAUCUACUUUACAAUGAAUAGAAGGUUUAGAAACGGGCUUUUUCGCUUACUGCCCUUUCUCCCUCGAUCUAAAAUAAUAAGGAGAAUUCAUCAACGGAACCGAAGCAAAUCUACCAGAUUAGACGCAGUUCAUGAAUUCAGAGACGACAGACCCACGAUUACAGAGCAGGAGCGUGUAGAUUUAGAAGAGCUUAACAAACAAGCGACUUCAUCAGUACGCAUCGGCGGAGCCAUUCCUUAUGUUGGGGCUAAAUGAGGAUAAUGUGUAUAUUUUAAUGUUGUGUUUUUUCCCUAAA